AUGUUCACUGAAAAACUUGAAGAUGUGAACUCAUGUCCACUGGAUUGGAUUGCUGCUAGUGAUUAUUGCAUAAGGUUUUAUCCGCGUGCGGUUGAUCCAGAAACAGCCCAGAAAAUUUGCAUCGGCGACUCGGCUCAACUUCUCAGUAUUCCUACUGAUGAGAAUAUUUAUGCAAAUCUUAUCACUGACGUUCGUGCAUUGUUGCAAGUAAGUUCAAUCGUUCCAGCAUAUUGUCCUUAUGAAAAUGAGUUGAAAUGCUUCGAAAACCCUUCUUUUCUCCUCUAUUUAACUGUUGGUGAAUCGUUUUGCAUCAUAUUUUAUCUGUCAUCCAAUUCGCAGCGAUAUUUCGAUGCCGGACUUCACGAGCUUGCUUGGCUUAUUGCUGCAAAUGAAUGGACCCCAUCAACAGGCAUAACCUAUGAUGUAUGGAAGAGUAUGCAGAGUGUUGAAACGCGUUUCCUCGUCUUCGAAAGAACAUCUAAUCAAAACUAUAAAUUAUCUGUGGCUUCAUCGACGUCCACCUAUCCUUUUAUUUGCUCAUUGCGGCCUCAGUUCAGGCGUUUACUACAGUAUCAACAAAUGUUGCUUCCAUCAGGAAUACCACGCUUGAUUGAGCAACCGAAUAAGGAAUAUUUAUAUACGUAUAGAUCGGAUCAACUUUAUCUAAUAUUACCAUGUAGAGCUAUUGGAAAGCCAUUUCCGAUUGUACGAUGGUUCAAGAAUGGAGUUGAGGAGGUUGAUUUUGAUACUGGUAAUUCGUCGUUUCUUCUGUCAGGUGGUUCACUGCUCAUCAAUACCGAAAAUGCGAAUGAAAAUGAUCGAGGUGCUUAUGCAAAGUUUCAUUGUACAGCUGAAUCUGAAUUGGGCGUUGUGCGUAGCGUCACUGCCAUAGUACGACCGGCAUUCAUUUCUGCAUUCCAUAGUUCAAGGAUGGAUGUAUUUGCAUUCAACUCUCCUGGCAGAGGAGCACGAAUCGAAUGUCAGGCACCACUUCAUUAUCCAAAAUCGUUAUCGUUCUCAUGGAUGACCGACGGAUCCACCGAACGAUUCGUCUCGCAAACGGAUCGCAUCUUCAUAUCUCAUGACGGCACACUCUAUUUUUCGUACAUCCUCAAAGAAGAUGCUACUAGUUAUGCAUGCUCAUUGGCAUUGUCAUCAACACAAAGUGGUCAUUAUGGACCAUUUUUCAAGUUGAAACUACCCCUUCGACUUAGUGAGUACACUUUUGCGCCAAAAAUCGAUGAGCUGCAGCCUCAGGUGUUUCCCGAACAUCCUCAACUUAAACAUACAACUUAUCUGGAAUGUUUUGCGUACGCAAGGCCGUCUCCUCGCUACAAAUGGUCACGUGUCGAUGGUCGUCCAAUUUCCACAAAGGCUAAAUUGGUGAAUUACGGUCGUGUGCUAAAAAUCGAUUCAUUGGAGCCGGAAGAUUCUGGCACGUAUAAAUGCACUGCCGAAAAUGAGCAUGGAAUGGAUAGUGCUGAAGUAUCGUUGCUCAUCCAAGCUCGACCAGAAAUUUUGCGGCCGUUGACCGAUCGGAUUGCUGCAUCCAAUACCACAACAAUAUUCGAUUGUCGUUUAGCAGCAUCCGACGGAAACAUUGAGUGGUUUCGAGAUGCAGUUCCUAUUUCACCUCUUCUAAUGAGCUCAAAAGAUAGGUCAAGGUUGACAAUAAAAGGAAUUCGACGGGAAGAUAGUGGCAUUUACGAAUGUAUAGCGGUUAAUGAGGUUGGCUCAACCAGCUCUUCAGCCCGACUUACCGUUGUCGACUUUAUGCCACGAUUCGACAGCAAUAUCAUGCCGAAACGAAUAUUUGCAGUUAUUGGAGCUAAACUUAUGAUACCAUGUAUUUAUCAUGCAUCACCGAAUGGAUUCGUUCAAUGGUCACGUCAGAAUGGAGAGCGCGUAGCCGAUAAUGGGAGAGUACGAGUGGAUAAUAGCCAACUGAAUGCGCUCGUUAUUCAACGAGUUGAAAGAAGUGAUCAUGGUGAAUUCAUCUGCACGGCUACAAACGAAUAUGGUCAAGCCAGUUUUACCAUUCGAUUAUUUGUCAUAGAUAAUCCCAAUGUGAUUGUAAAACCGCAAAGCGAAUUUCGGGCAAGGCAAGGCAUUGAUGUGAAUAUUUCGUGUGAGAUUGAAAUCGCUUGUGAAGCGCCACGAAAUGAAUGUCCCGAGGCGUUAUUCGAAUGGACGCUCAAUGAUCGACCCGUCCGAUCUUUACCACAAUAUACCACAAUGCAUUCAAUGGCUUCUGAAGCUUAUGAGUCAGACACAAGCCAUUCUGGUUCUAAAGUUAAACACAAGUUCGAACUUGAGUUGCCAUCAGAACUUGGCAUUCAUCGUGAUGGACGGUUUGCUUGUACGUCUUUGUUUGGCGGUGCUGCCAUCGAAAUUGACAAUCGUUACGUGCCAUUAGCUCCGAUCCAUCUGAGAAUAUCGAAUAUAUCUUCAGAGAGUGCAUCUCUAUCAUGGACACAACCAUCGAUACGUCAACGUGAGCAGAAACACAAUCGGCCUUCGGCAAUCGAUACCUAUGUUGUUGAGUUUCGCAGAAGUGGAACAAGAGAAUGGGCGAUUGUGCCUAACGGAACAUUACAAACAGAUAUUAAUGCUCCGAUCAAUUCGCGUAGUAUCACAAGUCUUACAUCAUUUCAAUCUUAUCAGAGAAAUGAAUCGUUAAAAAGGAACGCAACAUUAAAUAUUGAUCGUGUUCAGUUUCGCGUCAAGGUAAUUGCAACAAACGGCUUGAGUGCUAUAUCGAAAAGUACCGAAUGGUUCAAAACUCUACCAGCACCACCAAAUGAGAUCAUUAAAAAUGUUACAUGGCGAAGAUUAGAUGCGGAACAUGUGCUCAUUCAGUGGACUCCUACUGAUGAGGUUCUUCUCGGAGAUGAAGCUGUUGUGCUACAUCUUCAAGAUUAUGAAAUGUGCUCAAUACUAUUAAAACAAUUUUUUUCAAAGAGCAAUUACGGUGGGCCCAAUUUUCAUUAUGAACUGUGGUGGAAUGAUGAGACGAAGGACUUGCAUGAGAUGGCAAUUUUAUAUGAAAGCGCUCAUGUGAUUCGAUUAAGCAAUACUAAAUACAACUGCAAAGCAAUUAAGUUGUCCAUUCGUGGUGUUAAUGAUGCUGGAAAAGGACCAACAAGCGCCGAAACUGUCUUGCAUAUUUCUCAACAAGCUCCUUCUCGAAGAGCAACAAACCUAGUGUCGAAAGUUAUUAAUUCAACUUGCACACUUCUGCAUUGGCAAUGGACGAGUGGUACCGAAUGCGAAAAUUUGUAUGGUAUUAAGAUCAGUUGCAAAGCAAUCUCGAAUGAUUCGAAAGAUACGCACGUCAAUAAUUCAAUCGCUUUUGGUUUCACACAGUGGAUGAUAUGUGGAUUGCAACCGUCCACCGUAUAUUCAUGUUCUGUGAUUCCGUUCGACAAAUACGCACAUGAAGGAGAGCAGAGUGAUGCAGUGGAAAUCGUCACUAAAUCUUCACCGCCUCAACAUGCGCCUCAUAUCAAGAACUGGCGACUUCAAAAGAUGCACAAUAUUUUAAGGGAAGUGCUUAUUCAAUGUAUCUGGAAUGGAGUGCCGUUUCGCUUCGUUUUGUGCCUUCAAACCUCUCUUCUGAUGUCGGAUACUACGUGGGUGCAAAUUUACGUUUCUGAAACUGCAUCGAAGCCAAUCACGUUGAAAAUAUCGGAAUCAGCACUUCAAACUCGACGGAAACCACUUGCAAGAAUUGAUGAGUUGAGACUGAUGUACUACUACACGUUCAGGGUUGGUUUACCGUGCAUCUGUACUUUUGUCGAAAAACAACAUGGGCCCUUUCAAAACACGCGCAAAAAACAUGCGCCGAUAUGGGCCCUUUUAAAGCAUUCACUAUCAUUUCCGGAGACUUUGUUCGGAUUCAUUAUUCCAUAUGUUGUGGAAAGAUAA